AUGGAAAACAUUAGACCCCCAUGUGCCAACUCGAUGGACCUUGAGAGGCAGCAGGAGGGCCCUGAGGAGCAGCAGCAGCAGCAGCAGAAGCAGCAGCAGCAGCAGCAGCAGCAGCAGCCCGGGAAUGCCGCCGGGGAGUCGCCCGCGCAGCUGCUGCCGCCGCCUGCGCCACCACCGCAGCUACUGCUGCUGCAGCCCGUGCAGCAGCAGCUGGAGCAGCAGCAGCAGCAGCAGCAGCGCAGCGAGGGGCCCUGGCGGCCGCGGCCGCAGCAGCUGACUGUGCAGUCGCUGCCCAUGCCCUGCCAGGGGCCCCUGCAGGGCCAGGGGCCCCUCGAGCUGGUCCAGGGGCCCCACGAAGUGCUGCCGCAGCCGCAGGGUUUGGAGGAGGGGGCCCCCCUUGUGGGGGGCUUGUUGGGGCCCCCUGCGCCUUCGGGCUUCCCGCUGCUGCAGCAGCUGCAGCAGCAGCAGCAGCAGCAGCUGCAGGAAGAAGCAGCAACUCUUGCUGAGGGCAUUGCCCCCUUGCCUAUUGUACCCUUACCCACCUUCGUGGGGGUACCCCUUCCUGUGGCAGUGGAGGCCCCCAGGACCCCGGGGGGCCCCCCGGGGGGCCCCCCAGAUUCUGUUUCCCUCACAGUGCUGCAGCACCCCCCUGAGGGGGGCCCCCCUCCCUGCGACUCCCCCAGAGGCAUUGCCAACUCGCUGCAACGCAGGGGCCCCCAAAGGGGAAGCAAAUCGAAACCCAAUCAUUCGAAUUUGCCCACAAGCCCGAGGCUGGGGGGCCCCCCCUGUUUGGGUGUGGGGGUUUGUGCUGCUCCGCAGCAGAAGCUGGGGGCCCGCGCUGCUAACGCGAGGCAGAAGAGGCCCCUGCAGCUGCAGCAGCAGCAGCAGCAGCAGCAGCAGCACGCAGCAGGCGCUGCUGCUGGAGGGGCCCUCAAGGGCAGCCCAAGGGGGGCCCUCAGCACUGCGGGACCCUCUGCUGCGUCGCUGCACCGCAGCGCGAGCGUCAGCAACUGUUUGAACCGCAGCAGCAGCAGCAGCAGCGAGGGGAGCGGGGACAACAGCAGCAGCAGCAACUUGCCCACGGAAGCCGACCGCAACAGCAACAGCAGGUGGCGGUGCAGCAGCAGCAGCAGCAGCAGCAGACUCCGGAGAAGGCGGUGGCCUCACAGGGAGCCCUGCUCUUCAAUUUCCCUCACAAUGGUCUUGUGCUGCAUCCGCUGGUUCGGUUUGCUGCUGCUGUCUUCAGCCCCGCUGCUGCUGUUCCUGCUGCUGCUGCCCAUCGACUUCGUUGGCUGGCUGCAGGUUCCUGCAAGUCUUUGCCUCUUUGGCUCCCACAUACCCCGACUGUGCUUCAUGAUCCAGGCCAAGUCGCACGAGUGCCUCCCCGUGCCACUCGUUCUCAUGGGGGUCUUGUGCAACGGCUGCUGGGCGCUGCUGGGGUACAUUUCGGGGCUGAGUGCAGUUUGCUGCGUCGGCGUUGCUAUCUUUUUAGUGCCCUUCAAAUGCACGUCAUUUGGUGGUCAAAAGGCACACUAA